CAUUGCAAUACAGUGGUAAUAGGAUUUUAAAAAUUUAAAAGGAUAAAAACAGCGAGAAGAUAGCUAGAACAGAUCAGUUGUGGGUAGAUACUGGGAGGUGAAAUGUGGGGUUUGUUGUGAUGGUUUGUUAUAAUUGUCUCCAAUACCACAUGAUGUAGACAUUGCUGGUUCUGAAAUUGGCUUUAAACGGAAAUAUACAUGUUAACGAAGAUGGAGUCAGUGAGGCAAAAGUCACCACGCCUUCAGCAGGCUGGAACUUCUACAGAUGACAGAAAGGAAGCAAAGUCAAAAGGAUUUAAUCUGAACUAUAUGCACAACCCCCCAACAAUUAUGCCAAAUUUGGGAAAGAAAAGGAAAAGCGCACUCCCAAAAACAAAUGUAUCACGUGUCUUGUUGUACGACAACGUUACACAGCAACAGAUGUUGGAUGUCAAACUCUCGCACAUCAAAGUGGAACAACAUCGUUCGUGUCGUCUGCUAGACCUUCACAAGAAAUCGUUCCUCACGCGUCAAAAAAGACGUCAACAAAGACUUCAAGAAGCUGGAAUAACACUUCCGGAAAUUGAGCCGAAACCCAAGUCUUCUUCAUCUCCCACGAGAAUGCCAAGCAGGAUGUCCGUAAAAUCUCCAGAGAGACAACCAACGGAAAUAACAGAGGAAAUAGAGACACUGAAGCUCCCUUCUCUAGAAGACAAUGAAAAUAAUAACAAACGUCAUGUGAUAUUCAAACUAAAGGAUGCCAGUGGACAUACUCAAGUAUUUCAUACAUUUGACGAAGAGAAUGGAAUAUUUUCUGAAAUUGUUCCUCUGCAUUCAUUUUAUGCAAAGACUACUGACGACCCUCGAUUUCAAGGUCUAGAGGGCGCUUUAGUGAAAUCUGCAGCGCCAUCUGAAGGAUUUAACGAACUCAGCCCCAGUUUCCGCCGAGAAAGCACAAAGUAUCCGGAACAUUUGAUAGCUUUUAUACAGAUGAACCAGCCUUAGAUUCUUUUCUGUCUGGGGCCUUUUGUAUUGUUUUGCAUAAUCCUGUUGAGGAGUUCAAGAGAUUAGAUAAAUGUGGAAUAGGUUAAUCACAAAUACAAACACUCCAUUUCCUACCA